AUGGCGCAAGGACUAAGCUUCGUCCAGCUCGAGCAGGCUGCUCUUCACAUCAUCCGUCUCAUCGCAGACACUCCCGGCCUUGAGAACACUCGGCUGGCUAUUACCGGUGACUUGGCUGUCACCAAGUACCUGUCGCGUCAAGACCGUCGCAUAACCAGCAUCGACUUUGUCAUCAGCAAGUCCUCCUCCCCCGGCCGCGUCAAGAAGGAAAUCGUCGGCCACCCCAUCUCGCCGCUCGUCGAAAAGUCCGGCGUCGUUCUUUACCGCCACACAAGCGGCUGGGAGAUCGAAGUCAAGCUCAUCCCGGACUGGCUGAGCCCCUACCUCCCCGACACCGCCAAGCGCGUGCGCGAUGUCGCCGGCGAAGCCACCCUGCCCUACACCUCGCUCACCGACAUCAUCAUCUUCAAGAUGGACGCCUGCGGCCUGCACGAGAACGACAAGAGCAAGCGACGCGACGCCUGCGACGCCGCCGAUCUGCUGGACCUUGCCUCCGAGCAUGGUGCUCUGAAGCUCGACGAGGACAAGACGGAGCGAGCUGAGGAGGCGCUGGCUGAUAUGGUUGAGUUCUCUGAUGAGCAUGACAAGGGCUGGUGGCAGCGCUGCCUAGGAAUGGUCAACGACAAGCCUCGCACACCACAGGAGAUCCUCUCCGACAUCGCCGAGCGUCCACAGACCGCAUCAUCCCGCUCAUCUGUACACUCAUCCAUCUCGCGCGCAUCAUCCUACACCAGCAACGCCUCAUCGCACUCGUCCGCAUCCUCCAUCUCCUCCACCGCCACCUUCGACGACAAAUCCCCCAAGUCGCCGAUCCCCGAAAAGAACGGCCGCACUCGCAAGAUGAGCGUCACCAAGAAGCCCUCCCGCCAUAAGCGCCACACCUCCAUUGGCGCAUCCACCUCCAUCAACGCACUUGAUGCACACAUGCACCGCCUUGAGCUUGACCGCCCCGCGUCGCCUGGCAUCGCACUCACCAACCGCAUUUAA